CUCACUUCCCUUAUAAAGGCUUUCUACUCCCAUCUCUCCAUCCCAGUUCAGCUUGACUUCAAUUACAUCAUCCUCCUCCUUCGGUUCCUUCCUUUGGAUUCACUGCCACUGAUGGCAGCCACCAUCUCAACUCUCGGAGCUGUUAACAGAGCACCGUUGAACUUGAAUGGCUCUGGCACCGGAGCUUCGGUUCCAAGCUCUGCGUUCUUGGGCAACAGCUUGAAGAAGGUGAGCUCCAAGAUUGCCCACCCGAGGACUUCAUCUGGGAACUUCAAGGUUGUUGCGGAAGUUGAUGAAGAGAAGCAGACCUCAAAGGACAAAUGGAAGGGCCUUGCCUUUGACGAAUCGGAUGAUCAACAGGACAUUACCCGAGGAAAGGGAAUGGUGGACUCUCUCUUCCAAGCUCCCAUGGACAGUGGAACCCACUAUGCUGUCAUGAGUUCCUAUGACUACAUCAGCACUGGUCUUCGCCAAUACAACUUGGACAACACUAUGGAUGGAUUCUACAUUGCUCCUGCUUUCAUGGACAAGCUUGUUGUUCACAUCACCAAGAACUUCAUGACCCUGCCAAAUAUCAAGGUUCCUCUCAUCUUGGGUAUUUGGGGAGGUAAAGGUCAGGGAAAAUCAUUCCAGUGCGAGCUAGUGUUUGCCAAAAUGGGGAUCAACCCCAUUAUGAUGAGCGCUGGAGAAUUGGAAAGUGGAAAUGCAGGAGAGCCUGCAAAAUUGAUCAGGCAAAGAUACCGUGAGGCAGCAGAUAUCAUUAGAAAGGGGAAAAUGUGCUGCCUCUUCAUCAAUGAUCUUGAUGCAGGAGCUGGUAGGCUUGGUGGAACCACCCAAUACACUGUCAACAAUCAGAUGGUGAAUGCCACCUUGAUGAACAUUGCUGAUAACCCGACCAAUGUCCAGCUCCCUGGUAUGUACAACAAGGAGGAGAACCCUAGAGUUCCCAUCAUAGUCACUGGCAAUGACUUCUCAACAUUGUAUGCCCCUCUCAUCCGUGAUGGUCGUAUGGAAAAGUUCUAUUGGGCACCCACUAGGGAAGACAGAAUUGGUGUCUGCACGGGUAUCUUCCGCAGUGACAAUAUUCCCAAGGAGGACAUGGUCAAGCUUGUUGACACCUUCCCUGGGCAAUCUAUUGAUUUCUUCGGUGCUCUCAGGGCACGUGUUUAUGAUGAUGAAGUGAGAAAGUGGGUUGCAAGUGUUGGGGUAGAAGGUAUUGGGAAAAAGCUUGUGAACUCAAAAGAGGGACCCCCAACUUUUGAGAAACCAAAGAUGACUCUUGACAAGCUGCUUGAGUAUGGAAACAUGCUUGUCCAAGAACAGGAGAAUGUGAAGAGAGUCCAAUUGGCUGACAAGUACUUGAGUCAGGCUGCUCUAGGAGAUGCAAAUGAAGAUGCUAUCAAGAGUGGAAGUUUCUAUGGCAAGGCAGCCCAACAAGUCAAUCUUCCAGUGCCAGAAGGCUGCACUGAUCCUUCUGCAAACAACUUUGACCCAACUGCUAGGAGUGACGAUGGCAGCUGCCUGUAUCAAAUCUAGUGCGUAAUAGGUAUCUGAGUAUAUCAAGAAGGAGAAAUCACCUCCAAUUAUGAAUUGAGUUGAUAAUUUCACUCAUUAGUGGAAUGUAAUUGUGUUAUAGUGUAAAAUUCCUCUGUCCUCUAUUAGUUUUUCCACUUUUAGAAGGCCUUUUGUUUCUGUCGUAUGAACCUGGUUUUGUGGAUGUAAGAAAGAGUCGAGAGUUAGGUCAUCUACCAGAUUUUAUACUGAGAUCUUUUGGCUACUAAUACAGGUCAUGGUUUCAACUUUCAACCAUAUGAUGUUUACGCCUUUCAAAACUUGGUAUAUUUUCCAUCGGA